AUGGUCCCCCCUCUCAUACUUUCAUCCUCUAGACUGCUUUCCAACCUAGCGUCUGCCGUAUCCCAGUAUGUUCCACGUAGCACCUCUUUCAGCGCGCACGCGCGCAGAGACAUCCACGACCCGGACGAACGCCCCCAGUUCAUCGCCUUCGCCAUCCUCAUCCCCAUCCUCGUCCUCCUAUCGGGUCUGUUUGCCGGUCUGACGCUGGGCUACAUGAGCUUGGACGAGACGCAGCUCAACGUGCUCAGCAUCUCCGGAACGCCCAAACAGAAGCUCUAUGCGAACAAGAUUAAGCCUAUCCGCAAGAACGGGCACCUCCUGCUCGUCACACUACUCCUCGCGAACAUGAUCGUGAACGAGACGCUGCCCGUUAUCGCGGACCCCAUCCUCGGUGGCGGCGUCCAGAGCGUAGUCGUCAGCACGGUCCUCAUCGUCAUCUUCGCAGAGAUCAUCCCGCAAUCUUUGUGCACCAGAUAUGGCCUGUACUUCGGUGCCAAGAUGGCCGGCUUUGUACAAGUCCUUCUAUGGUCCUUUGGCAUUGUCGCUUGGCCGGUGGCCAAGCUCCUAGAAUUUGCCCUCGGUCCUCACCAUGGUAUCAUCUACCGACGCGCCGAGUUGAAAGAGCUCAUUGCUAUGCACUCCAACGUAGGGCAGCUGGGCGGCGAUCUCAAGACUGACACCGUUGCCAUCAUCGGAGGGGCACUUGAUCUCCAGGAAAAGGUUGUGCGUCAGGCGAUGACUCCAAUCAAGGACGUCUUUAUGCUGAGCAUAGAUGCGAAGCUAGACUACGAGACUCUGCGGAAAGUUUGUCUGACGGGCCACUCCCGCAUACCGGUCUACGAGGAAGUAGAAAUACCUGUUCCUAAACUAGUCGCCAAGGUCAACAUUGCCGAAGCGGACCUUGACGCCUCGGCGUCUCGCCUGAGUCUCGACGGGCGCCAGCAGCAGACACAGAAGGUGAAGAAGAUCGUUGGGAUCCUUCUCGUGAAGCAGUGCGUCCUCUUGGACCCGAAUGACGCCACCCCGGUGAGGAAGAUCCCGCUGAACAAGGUACCGUUCGUGCCGAACAACGAGCCGCUGCUUGGCAUCCUCGACAAGUUCCAGGAAGGGCGGUCGCACAUGGCAAUCGUGUCGCGGUUCAGCGUCGAGCGCGCGGCUAGUGUCAAGAAGGCCGUGAAGCGCGGACUGACGCAGCGUCUCCUCGACAGUGUCGGCAUGGGCGACAGCGACUCGAGCGAUGAGGAGGAUGACGAGGGUGGAGAGAGCAGUCAUGGAAAGAAACGACCGAAGAAACCGAAACGGAGCAGCAGUGACAACGAUGCAACGCUCAAGGACGACUCUUCGGCGAAUGCGGACAUAGACGAGAAGCCGGAGCAAGCAGAGGGCGGUAGUCGUGGGCGCAAGCGGAGUAAACGCAAGCCGGCCGUGGAUGUCGAGAUGGGCAUCGUGGAAGAAGGUCCUAAGAAGCGCGGCCUGGCGUUGCCGAAGGUGGGCGGCUGGAGUCGUUGGGAGCAGAGCAUGCCCGCCGACGCGGUUCUUACCCGGGAAGGUGUUGAAGAGUUCUUGCAAAGCGUCGACCCCGCGGUUAUGCCUCUCGGUAUUAUCACCUUGGAGGACGUGCUCGAAGAGUUGAUUGGCGAGGAGAUUUACGACGAGUUCGACCCACAGGGACAUCCCGAUCUUCAUGCAUACGCCCAAGCUGAGGUCAAGGGCGCGUCCCUGAUGAAGCGCACCGGUUCGGCCCCGCAACUCGCCGAUCUAGGCUACACCACUGCUGCUGCUGCUAUCGGCAUUCCUGUCCCUCCUCCCCCGCCUCCGCCCCCUAUCGUCAAACCUAUCGCUAUCCCCGCUCUUCGUGGUCUGAACUUCAGGGGACUCAGUUUCCCGCGCUCCCGCAGUGCUCCUCCUACUCCCCGGGAUGCUGUGUCCACCGAGAAGGAGAAGGUUCUCCAGGAGACGGCGCCUCCCUCGGUGCCCGAAGGGAUUGUCGUCACCCCCGCGCCGCUUCCAGGCUCAACCCCGGUCAAUGAGAAGCCUCAGCCGGCCACCGUCCUCGACGACCCCGUGAAGCCUGCGACGCCGCAGGUCGUCAUUCCGGCGGACAGCGCGCUCGCGGCAGCGAACAUCGGUCGUUCUCGGUCAAUACACAACUCGACCAACCCGUCGAGCAUCCCUGUUAUCCCGGUUCCGCCGACGCUCGGUCUCGCGUACGGCCCGCCCUCGCGCAGCGCGUCUCCUGCGCCGUCGCUCGAGCAGGCGAUCCUUGUCGAGCGCAAGCGCCGCGCGGCCUCGGGCUCGGGCAAUGCGUCUGCUGUCAAAGGCGGGUGGUUCAAGAGCAGCCCGCUGAACGGAGAGCGCGCUGGAGUGGUUGUUGCCGAGCGCGUCAGGCGCAAUUUGCACCCUGACAGCGCUGCGAGAGAGGGCCGGGCCACUGAUGGCAGCACUUCCGAGACCACAAUACUGGUUGGCGACUUGGGCGAGCUUCGUAAACCUGACGAUAAGGAAAAGGCGGGGCCGGACAAGGAGUGA